AGACCAGUGACUACACAAUAAUGACUAAGUCUAUUUGUUCAUGGUUUGCACCAGCUUGCAUAGUCUUUCAGCUUGUUAACCUUGCAGAUGGACAGCCACAGAUUGAAGUGGUAGUACCUGAAGGGAUAGAAGUAGUCAAUGGGUCUAGCACUAACAUGGGCUGCAGCAGUCCAUUCACCGAGACAGGUGGCAGGCUGAUUUGUGGAUCAGAGAACUUCCUGGUGGACGGCUGUUCUCCUGAAAUUGACACUAGUAGUUCUGACUGGGCAUCUCAGCUGGUAACAGUGAGAAGAAAUGAGGGUAGUCCACAUCUUCCCUUCCCCCAUGUCUUGCUCACUUUCACCUUUGAUGAAGCAAUUACAUCACUGACUGGAAUCGAGGUGGACAUGUUCCAAUGUCCUGACUGGGGAAUUGGUGCUCCGUCUGUUGUCGCGUAUUUCAGUCCAGACACUCAAUUGUCUCCAGACAUUAUUUUUAGUCUACCCUUUGCAUUUUUUAAUGCAUCAACACUGUCAUGUGACUCACUGUCAACUUUGACUGUAGCUAGAACAAUAGUGAAUUCUUUCCAGACAGUUUACAUUUUGAUGGACCUUUCAAUUAGUCCGCCUAUUGAUUGGGUUCAUGUUGGAGAGGUUCGAUUUCUUGGAGUUAGCUCAACACCUCAUCCUGGCUGCGUUUCACCAACUACAGAUCCUUGUGAAGACGGACAGCUACGACUUGUCAAUGGAACUACUACCACAGAGGGACGAGUUGAAAUCUGUUUCAACAACACAUGGGGGACUGUGUGCGACGACUUUUGGGACAAUAGGGCCGCCAGUGUGGUCUGCAAUCAACUUGGCAUAUCACCGUCAUUUGGAGAGGCCUAUUCGGGGGCUAGAUAUGGACAGGGACAGGGACCUAUUUAUCUGGACGACGUUGAGUGCUUUGGAGAUGAGGAGUCGUUGCUGAAUUGUUCUCACAGAGGAAUCGGAGUUCACAACUGUUAUCACGGAGAGGAUGCUGGUGUACUCUGCAUAGUUGGUGUUCCAAUAUCUCCUGGAGGCGAAUGUGAUGGAGACGUUGUUUUCAACUGUGGAGACGGUUCUUGUUACCCUAUAUCCUUCGUAUGUGAUGGAUAUCCCGACUGUAGAGAUGGAUCAGAUGAGGACAACUGUGACAUAUUUAAGCUCACCACUCCCUGUGAGCUGUCUCUGUAUGAGGGAGGAAAAGAAAAUUUCACAUUCUGCUUGACAGUCACUGAGGACGUGGAAAAUUUUACAUUAUUCAGGCAGUUUAGCAUCGAGAGCUUUACGGUUUCUGGUGAUUCAGCUAAAGAUGGGGUAGAUCAUACGUUUUCAAACCAAACCAUAACAUUUGCUGGAAACUAUUCUCUUGGAGACUCUGAGUGUGCAGUGGUGAAUGUAACAACCAUCGAUGAUAACAUUGUGGAGGGAACUGAAGUCAUAUCAGUCUUCAUUACUCCUGGACCUAUAGUUGCUUCUAUCUUCAUCAUUGAUAAUGACUAUUUGGAAGUUGGUUUUGAGAGUGAGUCACUCUCUGUGUCUGAAUCAGCUGGUGGUGUGGAGAUAGCAGUGAGGGCGUUUCCUAAUGAGAACGGAAAUAUUCCUGACAUUGGCAAACCAUUUGGUCUGAGGGUUACCAGCAAAGUUGGGUCAGCUGUUGCGGGGAUGGACUAUCAAAGAGUGUUGUCAACAGUAUACUUCCGUCCGGGUGAAAAUCCUGUGUCUGUGUUGCAGAUCAGUAUCAUUGAUGAUGGUUUAAAGGAAGACAAUGAAGAGUUUGCACUUGGACUGACAAGUUUUGAUCUACCUGUUGUUCUGGUCAAUAGCGUUCUAAAAGUUGUCUUGAACGAUGAUGACGGAUGUCCUGACCUAAAGGCUCCAGCAGAUGGCUCAGUUCACUACACUAGUUCAGAUGUUGGCUCACGGGCAAACUAUUCAUGCAAUGAGGGAUAUGCACUGGUUGGAAUGAGUAACAGAGUCUGUCAGAAUGAUGGGACUUGGAGUGGACAGCCACCUCUCUGCCAGAGUGAGGUGUGUACUGUGGAACUGGAUGGGCAGAUUGAAGUAACUGGAAAUUCGGCCACCUAUUCAUUCAGUGGUGUUGGUACUGGGAUCAGUGGCUACAUCUGUAGAUUGGAUGGAGUGGUCCUACCAGACUGUUUAGGUCCACUGACUGGACUGAGUCCUGGGUUACACCGACUGAGGGUUGUUCCUGUGGGGUGCAGCGUUAAUGAAGGAGCUACGUUUCGAUUUGCUGUUUGAAACUAUCAAUAGUUUAUUACAAAAAUUCGUGUAAAUAUGAU